GUAAUAUUUACAUUUCAUUUUAAUUAUUUUAUUCUAUAUAUAACAUGUUAUAUAUUAUAAAUAUUUAUGGUCCUAAUCGGGAUGAUCAUAAUUUUUACGAUAGAUUAGAAGAAAUUAUAGAAGAAGCCGAAAACCAGGUGGGUUCAGUAAUUAUAUGCGGGGAUUGGAAUGUAGUUUGAGAUUAUAAAAAAGACACGUACAGGUAUUUGAGAAAAAAUAAAAAUAAUCAACAGGCUAAUCAAUCGGUUACAAAUAUCAUGCAAAUUCAUGAUUUGCAUGAUAUUUGGCGAGAAACCCACCCCAAUAUAACACGUUACACGAAGCAAGCAAGAUUGGGUUACAUUUUAGUUUCAACGGAUAUUUUGUCAGCUGUUAAAAAUAGUAAGUCAUGGUUAUCGAACUGACCACUCAGUGGUAUAUAUAGAAAUUGAAAGUGAUAAUUCAGAGCGUGGCAGAGGGUUUUGGAAGUUUAAUAACUCAUUACUGAAAGAUGAAAUUUAUAUAAAAAAGUAAAAGAUUGUGUAAAUGAUGUUAUAAAUGAAUACUCUCUAGCCAGUGAAAAACACUUUGAUCACCAAAAAAAAAGAAAAUGUUGGUUUUUCUAUUGACGAUGCUCUUCUAUGGGGUGUUUUUAAAUUUAAAAUUAGGGGUAUCACAAUUCCAUAUUCGGCAAAUAAGAAAAGGAUGUCACAAAAACAAGAGCAAGAAAUUGUGAGACAAUUGAAAUUUUUUGAAAAUAAAUUGGCAAUCUCUCCAAAUGAUGAUGAUGUGUCCACCUUGAGUAUUCUGAACAAUGAUGUGCAAUUGAUUAGAGAACAUGCAGUUGCAGGAGCCAUAAUACGUUCAAAAGCUAGGUGGUGUGAAUUUGAUGAAAAAAAGUAAUGGAUUUUUUAUAAAUUUGGAAAAACAUCAUUAUAUAAAUAAAAAUAUUGUUAAACUAAAUACAGAUCAUGGAGAACUGACUAAUCCUAAGGAUAUACUAGAAGAAUUACACAAUUUCUAUAAAACAUUAUUUACACCUAACCGAACAGUAAAUAGGCAAAAUAACCUGAAUUUUUUUUCUACAAAUAUUCAUAAAUUAAUUUUAACUUCUUUACAUACAAGACACUGAUAAGAUACGGCCCUCCAAAAAAGCCAAAAUUGUUUUUCGCAGAAUGCUUCAGGAUAUUUGCUGGAAUAUAACAUUCUUAAAAACAAAAUGCUGCCCAAGUUUGAAUGAUUUUUCCUGAAAAAGAGGGCCUAAUAUUUUCUCUAGCAAUUUGCAACAUACAGGAAUGAAACAAGGGGCAUGGUACAAACAUUUUAAAUAAUAAAGAGUCCUAACUUAAAAACUGCUGAAAUUUUGGACUCUUUCUUUUGACAUAUUCAGGUAUUUCUUGAAUUUUUUAAAGGAAAAUACAAGGCCGAGGGGGGGGGGGGGUGGUCACAGGGACAUGGUGGUUGAUUUGAGUCGGAAGUGAACUUGUGCCGGUGCGCUAGGCCAAGAAAGUAAAAGCUUCAUUACGCGACACUACACAGUUUGUUUGUUUCACGAUGGAUGAUGACAGCAACAUACAGUUUGGCAGGGGCUUAAGCUCUCCAUCGGACAUGACAAGCUCCCCCAAUGACCAGAGCUCCUCGGGAAGUUGGACCAAAAAAACAAAAAACAAAAAAAAACUGAAUAGGCCUAAUAAAAUGAAAUGCAAUGUAUAUUUAUUGAGUUGAGUUUCAGAGUAUAGUAACUUUUGAAUUUUAUAAAAUUGACAUUUAAAGUCUGAGAGUGCCAUUUCCUGCCAUCGAGAGGUCCUAUUUUAAAAAACAAAGUUUCAUUAGGGGAGAAUGUCGAAAGGCGACCUUUCUUUGACUGUUCUUAACUUUCGUGAUCAUUAUAAGUAAGCAGUUCAAUUUAAAAAUACAACCAUUUGUGAGGAACUUUCUUUUACAUCCUCUUCCGUACCAUCUGGCGUUUGAGGCGACGCAAAGGAUCUCCACUUAUUUCUGUCUGGUGCAAUUUUGAGGGCUGUCUCAAGACUCAGUCCUUUCCUCUUUAAGUCUUUCACAAUGGUUCUACGCCAGGUUUCUUUUGGCUGUCCACGGUUUCUUUUCCCUUGUGGGGUCCAUCGUAGUGCUGUUCUCGGUAGCGAGGCAGGUGGCAUGCGACAGACAUGUCCUAACCAAUUCCAACGACGCAUCUGUAUUUGUUCUUGUAUGGGCACUGUUUCUGUUUUGCUCCGGAGUUUUUCAUUUGAAAUGAUAUUUGGCCAGUAGAUUCUGAGGAUGUGCCGCAGGCAUUUGUUUUUUAACACUUCCAGUAGCGGCAGUGGCUUUCCAGCACUCCGAUCCGUUAAAAGGAGGACACUCAGAACAUUGCUCUUGAAAAUCCUGAUCUUUGUGUGAAUGCUGAGUCCAGUAGAUCUUCCAGAUGGACUUUAGCAUAGCAAAAGCUUGGUUGGCUUUGCUGAUCCUGGUGUUUACCUCUUCGUCGCAGUCGCCAUCUGUCAUCUUACUGCCCAGGUUGACACAAAUCGAGUUGUACACAUUGUUUCAGUUAUUAUGUUGCGAAGGUCUGACAAAUGCAAAGACAGAGUUGAGAUAUCACCUGAACAGCUAACCCAUGCAGCAUCAGAAGCUGAAAGAUUAGCAAUGGAGACAGGGAGACCUUUACGUGUUUUAGGAUGGUAUCAUUCUCACCCUCAUAUUACGGUUUGGCCAUCACAUGUUGAUGUGCAAACCCAAGCUAUGUAUCAGAUGAUGGAUGAGGGAUUUGUUGGGCUCAUCUUCUCUUGUUUUCAUGAUGACAAAACCACCAAUCAGGGUCAUGUGACAGUCACUUGCUUUCAGUCAACCAAUCAAAGUCCUGAAGGGGAACCUCCAAUGUAUGAACGACUUGAGAUACCCUUCCAUAUAGUCAAGAAUGACACCCUUAGUGAGCCAUGCCUACAAGCCAUGAUCCAACUACCAAGAAUAUUACACGAGGAAGAGGAAGAUGCUUAUAAUCAGGCACAGCUGCCAGAAAGCAGUGAUCUUAUAACUGAUAUCCAUAAUAGUGCUG